AACCUCAAUUUUUAAACGCCAAUUCCCGUUGCAGUAUAAUUGUGUUGUGUUGUCUUUAUUGUGUAUAUUUGCGUUGUUUAGUUUUAAGAGAAAGUACUCAAUCGAUUUUUGUGUCGUAAUGGAUGCCGGUCCAUACAAAAUAACUUGCCAAGAAUACCCACCGGAAUUUUAUAUAGACAAAAACAUAGCCAAAGCUUAUUUUAAGCAGUUCGGAAAACUGAAAAGGCUCCAAUUUAGGCCGGCCUUAAGGACUUGCACGGUCGAAUAUGCGAAUCAAGAAGGCUACUUGAAGGCCUUGAAUAAUGCAGGCGAAUACAGGGAUAGAACGUUUGUAGUUUUGGGACAUCCUUCCGAACAAAAAUCCAAUCCGGCCAUGAAGGCUAAUGCGAAAAAAGACCCUGUAUGGGUAGACAGGGAUGAAAUCGAAGCUGAAUUGGAAGCCAUGUCCGGAAUAGCUCCCAAAGAAUUUAAAAGUUUAGAAGCUGCUUUCGGGCCUUUACCUGAAGCAAAAUUGGACCCAAAACCCAAACUCAACAGAACGUGGAAAAAAGAUGCUACUAAUACACUCAAAAAAGGCGUUAAACAACAAAAGCAAAACUUAAAUUCGAAGAUAUCCGAAGAGGAAGUGGAACUUAUCAAUUUAGUAUUGUCUCAAGCUCUAACCAAUGAAGACAAAUUUAAAAUACUCGACGCUCGAGACAAACUAAUCAAAAUCAAUUUAAAGAAAUUCCCGACGGCUAAAUCGGGCCCGACAAUCGGAACCUGCCCCGACAUGUGCCCAGAGAAAGAACGAUUUUUCCGGGAAAUUAAACACCAAGUAGCUUGGUACGAACAAGACGACAACAACAAAACCAUGAACUACAACAAAGCCAUCAAACAGUAUUCGAGGAGUUCCGCCGACCAAGAAGCCCCUUUGUCCCAUGAACUGAGGCCCGUGAACGUACUUCAAAUGACUAUGGGUUAUUUACUCCACAACAUCAUCGAUCUCUGCGAUACCGAUGAAGUACACAUCGGGGAGUGGUACCACUUCCUGUGGGAUCGAACCCGAGGCAUCCGCAAAGACAUCACCCAGCAGGAAUCGUGCAGCCAGGGAGCCGUCGAGUUGGUCGAACAGUGCGCCAGGUUUCACAUUCAUUGCUCUGCCAGGCUGGUCGCCGAAGAUCCGGCGGUGUUCGAUCACAAAAUCAACACGGAGAAUCUCACCAAGUGUCUGCAGACCCUCAAGUACAUGUACCACGAUUUGCAACUGAAGGGCCAAAGCUGCGAGAACGAGGCCGAGUUCAGGGCUUACAUCAUAUUGCUCAAUUUAAACGAUGGGAAUUUCAUGUGGGAGGUUCAACAGUUGAGGCCGGAAAUCAAGAAAUCAAAGGAGGUAAUGUUUGCGCUCCAAGUGCAUUCGGCUAUUGACAAGAACAACUACGUUCAAUUUUUCAAAUUGGUGAAUUCCACCACUUAUUUAAACGCUUGCAUUUUAAUGAGAUAUUUCAUACAAGUUCGCAUAAUGGCGGUUAAAACUCUGUUGAAAUGUUACAUACCUAGGGCGUCUAAAACCGCGUAUCCAUUAGCCGAGCUACAAAGCAUUUUGGCGUUCGAUGACUUCGAACUCACCGUUGAUUUCUUGCAAUAUUACGGAUUGUCUGUAAACGAUAGCGGUACGCAUAUAAUUUUAGAGAAAAACGGCUUUUUCUCGCCCGAAUUCCCCUAUGUACUCGACAGAUCGAACGUAGUGGAAGAUAAAAGGGAGUGCUCCGUUGGAAGGAUCGUCUGCGGUAAGGAUCUACCCCCGAAAACUUACCUAAGUCAUACCGUUCAAACCAGUUUCGAUGAGAAAGGAUAUUUGAUUAACAAGGAUAUUCUGGACGAAAUGGAUUUGGAAAGGGUAAAACUCAAGCUGCUCGAAGAGCUCGAUGAAUCCAAAACGGAAAGCGACAGUGAAAUGAAAGAAGAGAAAACUGCUAAAUUUUCGUUCGGACUCAGCGAGGAUAAAUCCGCAUUUCAUGCGGAAAAAGAGAAAUAUCCAUUCGGAUUCCAACCCAAAGAGAAACCCGAUGUUAUUUACAAAGAAAAAGACAACGACAACCAAUUUGUUUUCGCCCAGAAAGAAAAAUCCGAGCCGUUUUCGUUCGCUGAUAAAGCACCGAAAACCUCAAGCAUAUUCGCUCCGCAAACCAAGCAAUCCGAAAGCAUUUUCAAGAUCCAGAAAACUCCACCUUCAACUAACAUAUUCUCGUCUCAAUUUCAACCAACGCCAGUCGAUCAAACCGAUUUCGUUUCCAAACCAACCAACAUAUUCCAGACCUUCCCCGAACCCACAAUCGAACCCCCGAAACCAGGGGGAUUCGCUUUCCAUUUAAACGAACCCCCCGUGAAGCCUCUUCCUACGCCUAAUCUACCUUCAAUCGAUGAACUGCAACGCGAGGAAGAGGAAGAAAAGCGAAGAGUCGAGGAAGAAACUCGGCGAUUGGUCGAGCUCGAGAAGCGAGAGGAGCUGAAGCGACGAGAGGAAAAAGAGAAACUCGAAGCCAAAUUGAGCGAGGAAAGGAAAUUAAGAGAGCAAGAGGAAGAGAAAUUGCGCAGGAUAAACGAAAUGAAGGAAACGGAACGAUUGAAAGAGAAGGAGCGGCUAAGGGACAAAGAAAUCAAGGACUCCGUGAAGAAAGUUUUAAAUAAUCUAGUCGGCGAGGUGGACGAGAUGAUUCGUUUUGAAAAACUGGAAGCUAUUAAAGCAAGAGUACAGAAAAGAUUGUUAUUAAGGAUGGUCGGGAUGUGGAAAAAUAGGAUAUUAAAGAACAAAAGGAAGCGGAAAGCUGUAGAUUGCGGUCCAAUGUGGUUCAGCAAAAAAUCUCUACAACAAUCUGCAGAAGAAUUGCACAUAGAUUCCCAAAAUCUAACACUGAACCUAAUGAAACGGUACAAAUACGGUAGAGCUCUAAAUAUAGAGCAAUUAUCGGACGAACUAAUCGAAAAAAUAAACAUUCACCAAUUAACUUACGGUAUAUUAAAAAACAGAAUGUUCGAACUGACGGUGAACAAACCGAAGAACAUUUUCUGGAAAGUCCUCAUCAGCAUACCGGACAAGAGCGAACUCGCCACCGGAUUGAACAGGAUAGAAGAGAUCCUGGAUAAGGCGUUUCCUUGGAAGAAAAUCGACGGGCAAUCGUUGCAUUUGGAGUACACGAAGCCCAGCGCGUUGGAAUCCGUUACCUACUGCGUCGAGAAACAGCAGGGCUACGAUAAAAUAAGGCAUUACGAUUCGAACGGGAUAAUAUUCGUGGCGAAAAACUUCAACGGCGCGCUCCAGCGCAGGAUCUUCGAGAAUCUGCGCCACUUAGGCGUCCACACCAGGAUCCCGAUCGUGCUGGUGCUGCAGGAGUUCGACCAGAAGGACUGCCGCUUGGAGGAAUUGAUCAAGGAGAACAUCGUCUCCGAUUACAUCGUGUACGUGGAGAACUCUUCGCCGGGUAAUUUCCUGAGCGCCAUCGAGCAAGGGUUGGUGUUCCUGUCGAAGAGAAUCCAGCGCCCUCCCCCGUUGGAAUUGGAUACUCUGAAAUCGUUCGCGUCGAAGCACCUGUGCUCGGAAAUGUGGAAGAGGGCCAACAGUUUCGCGAAGUGGAACUCGAACUACAAGAAAUGCUUGCAAAAUCCGAACGUGGUUAUCGGCUUGUACAACGAUGGUUUGAGCAGAAUCAAAGCCAUCAUACUCGACGAGAACAACGCGGAGUUUCCGGUGUUCCCGGAGGAGUUCAAGAAGUACCUAAACAGCGAAAUUCCGGAUUUUCUGCCGUGUUCUUACUGUUAUUUCCCGGCGUUUUGGAGGAGCGCGGAUUACGCGAGGAAAUUAGAGCGACUGUUGAGCGGGUUAAAUUUACCGGCUUGGUCGCUCGCUUGGCCGCCGAAGGACGAAUGCGAGUUGGAGAUGAGCGUUUUAAAAUACUGCUCGCAGAUAACCGAGGAGCCCGAAAGGCUCUUCUACAAAACCAUGAGCCUGUUCUUGCGCCACGUCGACCCAAAAGUCAAUUUCGAGGACAUCGAACGGGUGCUUUGGUCGGAUGUAGUACAAUUAUGGGGUACGGAGAAAUUGGCACGAGAUUUUACUUUAGAAAACGAAUUUAAAUACCGCACGAUAUUUAAAGAAUACUUCGUCGUUUAUAAUAUUAACUCGCUGGAAGAAUAUAGGUCUUGCGAUUGGUUUUACGUUUACAACCCUCGGAUUAAGAAGAUGGUGGAGGAAGAGCUGGAGAAGGAGCAGGAGAAGACAACGCGGAGAACGUUGGCGGAGGAAUUUCAUGUGGACGACGAUUUUCUGGAUUCCAUUCGAGCGAAUUUAUUGUCGAAUAAACCGGACAAGUCUCAGAUGAUUAGGGAGCUCGAUCGAAUGAAGGAGUCGCUCGAGGAUUUGAACGCGGCUAUGAAAGUGCACAAGAGGAUUUCGUCGAAAUUGGACGAAUGUUUGAGUCGAGCCAUUGCGGAAAAGUAGUCUGUUAUACAAAAUUUUGUAGCUUUAAGACUUGGCUUAAUUCUAGAAUAUAUUUUUGUACGAGUGUUGCUGGUUUUGAUUCGCAAAAAGUUAAUCCUAUUCUAACAACAUGUACAGAGUAAGUACGUAAUAACCAAUUAACAAUUCAAUUUUUUAUUUACCUACCCUAGUCUUUAUUACAGUAGCAUAAUAAGUAGAUUUAAAAAUUCAAAAGACUCGACGGUCUUUUCAAUUUUUGUAAAAUGUUUACAAACUGACUAGAGUCAAAGAAACAUGUUUAGGAAUGCAUUUCAACUUUACACAUAACUGUUUCCGUUUAUAAUGUACGCAUUAUUUUUAUUUUUUACAUCAAGAUACAUUAAUAAUGUGUACAUCAAACAGAUCAGAAUAUAUUUACAAAGAAAAGUCCCUUGAAUUAAUAUCCUAUAUUUACAAGGCAUUUAUACAAGGUGAGUUAACUAAUGCAAUUACCAAAGAGUAAACCGGUUUUAUACUCACCUUGUAUAUAAAUACUGAAUAUUUUGAGUACCUUUCGUCAAAUAUAAAAAAAUACACUCAACAAUUGAGUUAAAAAAAGGUAUUAAACACGUAUGUACAAAACGACGUUUUUAAAACGUUAUUAAAUAAAAUAUUAUACAUUACAGAUUAAAAUUACAGUUGAUGUACGAGAAGAUAGUAAGAUAUGGGCCGAAAAUGUUAAGCCUCAAAAUUGUACUAUAUUAUAAUAGACUU